AUGGAAAGGUCAUGUCCCCAAGAGGCUGGUGCAGACUGCUCAUCCCCAUUGCUGAUUGCUGCCAUCAUCCCACCUUCCCUCCACCUGUCCCCAACUCAGGGAAAGCUCCUGGUCAGCUCACCAGCACUUGACUGCCUUCUGCCUCUCAAGAGCCUUGUGGCUUGUGGAUGGGUUGCCCCUUCAAGUAGGGACCUGAUCCUGUCAGUUGUGACCACGUUCAUCCUGCAGAGAUUCACAGAUGACCCUUGGCUCCAGGAAGCCCUCUUUUGCCUCUUCUUCACUCUGUUUGUGGUGGCCCUGAUGGGCAAUGGCCUGAUCAUAAUGGCCAUCUACUCCAGCCCCAACCUCCAUACCCCCAUGUACUACUUCCUUGUCAACUUGGCCCUGCUGGAUGUAGCCUGCAUCUCAACUGUCCUGCCCAAGGCCCUGCAGAGCCUGGUGGCUGAGAAUACCAUCUCCUUUGGGGGAUGCCUCACCCAGAUGUUUGUCUUCUCCUGGCUCCUAGGCUCUGAGCUGCUGCUCUUCUCUGCCAUGGCCUAUGACCGCUACCUGGCCAUCUGUCAGCCACUGCACUAUGGCAUCCUGAUGAGCAGUAGGGUCUGUGUGUCUCUAGCAUCCUUUGUGUGGUCCACGGGGGCCCUCAACUCCUUGCUCCUCACCUGUCUGACUCUGCCACUGUCGUUCUGUGGCCCCAAUCUUAUCACACACUUUUUUUGUGAGAUCCCAUCUGGGCUUUUGCUGUCCUGCAGCCCCACCUUUGUCAGCGAUGUCAUGACCAUCAUCACAGACAUGUUUCUGACUGGCCUGAACUUCCUGCUGACUAUGACUUCCUAUAGCUUCAUCAUCACCAGCAUCCUGCGCAUCCAGUCAGCGGAAGGCAAACAGCGAGCCUUCUCCACUUGCUCUUCCCACCUGGUGGUGGUCACUCUAUACUACUCCACUGUGCUCUACACCUAUAUCCGGCCAGUCCUGGGCUCUGCUGGGCUCUUGGACAAAGUUGCUGCCAUUUUGUAUACCACUGUGACUCCCUCUCUCAACCCCCUGAUCUACACUCUGAGAAACAAGGACUUCAAAGCAUCUGUCAGAAAACUAGUUUUUCCCAAAUGA